ACCUCCCAAAUCAGCUCCGGGUCGAACGACGGCAGCCGCGCCAGCGGCCAUCCCUCAAUUUCCGACCCCCCGACCUCCUCCGCCGCCGAUCCCCACCCGUACGACCUCGAUUCCGGCGAUUCCUCGCCGCCCCAGAAAAGCCCAUCUUCCGAAACGCCACCGCUCCAGCUCUCCGCGUUCGCCGCCGCCGCAGGCGACGGCAUAGCUCCCUUCCCCUCGCUUUCGCCGGAAGUUAUAACAUCGCCGCCGCAUUUCGAUUUCUUCGCCGCGGUUCUCCGGGCCCUCUUCUCCCGCCUCACCUUCUGCCACACUGCCUGGAUCUUGGCGUCCACGGUCCGCCUCAGCGAGUCCACCAGGUCAGGCCCCCCAAUCCCCAGCCGGGCCGGGUCGCGCAGGUUCGGGAAGUUGAGCCGCGCGUACUCCCCACGCGUACGCGGCGGCCUCCGGCGUGCCGUAGGUGCCCAGCCACACGCGGACUCUGUUCUGCGGCAGCCUUAUCUCCGCCACCCAUUUGCCCCACUGCCGUACACUGAUGAGCCCAGCGGCUCGAGAACCGGGCCUGAUGGCAUACUGUUCGGUUCAUGGCAGUGGGAGAAAAUCGAGUCCAAGGUGUUUGAUGAAUUGCUUGUGAGAAUGAGUUGUGAUAAAGAUAGAGCAAUU